UGUCUGUCUGUUUUCCAAUUUAUUUUUAUUUAUUUUUUGGGAUUGAGCCUGCCUCAGUAGAUUGACCGACUUUUCCCUCUUCUUCCUUUUCCUCACAUCUCUUGCGCCGAUUGUUCACAUCUUUGCUCUAGUCCCUUGUCCAUCGUUCCUCCGCCAGGACACAUACGUCGCAUCCCGCUGUGUGUACUCCAGUUGUGUACCGUUGCCGCGAGUGAUAUCAUCACUCUACCUACCUACCUAAGCCGAACAGCUCUCUCUGCGCAAGCCAUUGUCGUUCGCCUUCAGCUUCACGCCUUUGCUAGCCACAUCCCGCAGCUUCUCGUGAGCUUCAAAAAGCUAUUUUCGUCUUCAAUCAUCCAUUGGCCGUCUCUUUUCUCUCUCUCUCUCUCUUGAUAUAAUCUCUCAGAAGCGCCACAUCCAGCCAGAAGACGACUAGCUACCCCUUCCCCACAUCGCAUCUCUCUCACCGACCAUUCACCAUGGCCGCUCCCAACGCAUUUAGGGAACUCGGCUUGUCCGUCAUAGGUGUCGGUAGCCAGUACCCGCCCUACUCGUUGAAGACGGACUCGAUAGACUACCUGAGCAAUAAGUUCUACGCCGAAUCGCCUUCCAUGAAAAAGGUUCUCGCCAUCAAUCGCUUCACCGGCAUCGACUAUCGCUCGUCCAUCGGGACGCACGAACAUCCCGUCGUCAACAAUAAGGAUGCACCAUCCAUUGCCGAGCUGCACCAGGUAUUCAUGAGCGACGGCGUGCCCUUAGCAGUAGAAGCAUCGCGCAAGGCCAUCGAGGAGGCCCGCAUCGACCUCAGCGAAAUCACACACGUCGUGUCGACGACGUGCACAGACAGCGCCAACCCCGGCUUCGAUCAUUACGUCGUCAACGGGCUGGGCAUCACACACCAGGUCGAGAAGGUUCUGCUGCACGGCGUCGGCUGCAGUGGAGGGCUGGCGACGUUGCGGACGGCGGCCAACCUGGCUUUGGGACACAAGGCUCGCAACAAGCCAGCCAGAAUCCUCUGCGUCGCGCUUGAGGUCAGCACGACCUUGGUGCGCAGCGAGCUCAACAGCAUCGACGCGCUUCAAGAAACGAGGAUCGGUGUAGCCCUCUUUUCCGACUGCGCCAGCGCCGUCGUGCUCAGCAACGGUGUCGGCUCGCCGACAGAGCCCGUCUAUGAUUUGCUGGGUUGGGAGCACAAGAUCAUCCCCGAUACCGAUCACGAUCUGGGCUUCGAUGUUGAUCCUCUAGGAUGGAAGGUGAUUCUCUCGCCACGAGUACCGAAGCUUGCGGCGGCCGCCAUGCCGUCAACUUUCAAAGAGAUGCUCGCCUCCGUCCCGUCACUACCACCCUCGUACCAAAACGCCGAUGACUUUGACUGGGCGAUGCAUCCGGGAGGGGCCACGAUCCUGUCGGGGGCCGAGAAGACGAUGGGCAUCUCGUCAUACCACAUGAGGGCGAGCUACGACACAUACAUCAAUCACGGAAACUCAAGCUCAGCAACGAUAUUCAGCGUCUUGGACCGGCUGCGGGCUAAGGACAUGGACGCAAUAGCGCCGGACGGCCGGGUACGCGACUACGUGGUGGGGUGUGCGUUCGGGCCGGGCAUCUCGGUGGAGAUGUGCAUGCUGAAGCGGAACAUGAGGGCGCGCGGCGUCACGGGUCUGCAGACGCCUCCAGAGACGGAGAGCGAGGGCAGCACUAGUGAAGCUGGGGACGACGGCGGGGCACAGCCCGAGGAGCGGGCAUCUUCGGGACGGCAAACGGACCAGACCUUCGUUGCGGAGGCGAUGGGGAAUCUGGACCUAGACUGAGGGGGGCGAUGGCAGUAAUGAGGCGGGGGAAUGGGGUUGGUUGUGGGAGUCGCAGGAAUGGGCGGUACGGUAUAUAAGCAAAGAGGAGGAUGUUGUACCAUGACGCGACGGCGCUAAUGAAGACACGGAUUGUUAUGCUGCUAGAGAAGAGAUGUGUCAGUCUGGUUCGUUUGUAGACGAUGAUGAUGAUAAUGCUAGUUUCCUUGUGGAAGACAAUAGUAGAACUGACUACCUAGACGAGCUUAAUAAUUUAGGAAGGUCGCU